GGAACAAAUGCUGUAGUGAAGGAUCCAGUGUAGGGGGCCUUUGGUGCAGAAGAGGAGAAACCUUGAGUCUUUGGAUGGGAAGAGACCUUGAAAGGACCUCUAGUUUAUCCUGCAACUUCAGUCAAUAUCCCACUUAAAUCAUCCCAGUGCUGGGGAUUGAAACCAGGGCAUUGUGCUUGUUAGGCAAGUGCCUUACCACUGAAAUACAUUCCCAGCUCCUGAACCUGAUCUCUUAAUGACUACACCUAAUUAAGGUAAUAGAGAAGAGGAAACCUAACCAAUGACUGUGGAAUAAUAUGGAAGAAGAUGAAAAAACCUUGUUUAAUGGGUUGAGAGGGUGGCGACUGCUCUAAGACAUGGAUAGAUGCAAACAUGUAGGGCGGUUACGGCUCGCCCAGGACCACUCCAUCCUGAACCCUCAGAAGUGGUGCUGCCUGGAGUGUGCCACCACCGAGUCGGUGUGGGCUUGCCUCAAGUGUUCCCACGUGGCCUGCGGCCGCUACAUUGAGGACCACGCACUGAAACACUUUGAAGAGACUGGACACCCUCUAGCCAUGGAAGUCCGGGAUCUCUACGUGUUCUGCUACCUGUGCAAGGACUACGUGCUCAACGAUAACCCGGAGGGGGACCUGAAGCUGCUGAGAAGCUCCCUCCUGGCGGUGCGCGGCCAGAAGCAGGACCAGUCAGUGAGACGCGGGCGGACGCUGCGGUCCAUGGCUUCCGGUGAGGACGUGGUCCCACCGCAGCGCGCUCCUCAGGGACAGCCGCAGAUGCUCACGGCUCUGUGGUACCGGCGCCAGCGCUUGCUGGCCAAGACGCUCCGGCUGUGGUUCGAGAAGAGCUCUCGGGGCCGGGCGAAACUGGAGCAGCGGCGGCAGGAGGAGGCGCUGGAGCGCAAGAAGGAGGCUGCGCGGCAGCGGCGGCGGGAGGUGAAGCGGCGGCUGCUGGAGGAGCUGGCCAGCGCCCCUCCGCGCAAGAGCGCGCGCCUGCUCCUGCACGCGCCCCGCCGCGCGGGCCCGUCCGCUGCGCGCCCCGCUGCGCUCUCCGCCUCCGACCCGGCUCCCGGCUCCUCUGCGCUCAAGACUCGCCGCCAGCCGGCGGUGGCCCCAGGCGUGACGGGCCUGCGCAACCUGGGCAACACCUGCUACAUGAACUCCAUCCUCCAGGUGCUCAGCCACCUGCAGAAGUUCCGGGAGUGUUUCCUGAACCUUGACCCAUCCACCACAGAGCAUCUGUUUCCGCAAGCCACCAAUGGCAAGGCUCAGCUCUCUGGCAGGCCGGCCAGCAGCUCUGCCACCGAGCUGUCCACGAGGAGCGACAGAGCCCAGGCGUGCGAGCGGGAAGGCCUCUGCUGGAAUGGCGGGGCCUCCAUCAGCAGAAGCCUGGAGCUCAUCCAGAACAAGGAGCCCAGCUCGAAGCACAUUUCCCUCUGCCACGAACUGCACACCCUCUUCCGAGUCAUGUGGUCCGGGAAGUGGGCCCUAGUGUCGCCCUUUGCCAUGCUUCACUCCGUGUGGAGCCUGAUCCCUGCCUUCCGCGGCUACGACCAGCAGGACGCGCAGGAAUUUCUCUGUGAGCUGCUGCACAAAGUGCAGCAGGAACUGGAGUCAGAGGGCUCCACGCGCCGGAUCCUCAUCCCCUUCUCCCAGAGGAAGCUCACCAAACAAGUCUUAAAAGUGGUUAACACCAUAUUUCACGGGCAGCUGCUCAGUCAGGUCACAUGUGUAUCAUGCAAUUACAAAUCCAAUACUAUUGAACCCUUUUGGGAUCUGUCCCUGGAAUUCCCUGAACGAUAUCAUUGCAUAGAAAAGGGGUUUGUCCCUUUGAAUCAGACAGAGUGCCUGCUUACUGAGAUGCUGGCCAAGUUCACUGAGACAGAGGCCCUGGAAGGGAGAAUCUAUGCUUGUGACCAGUGUAACAGCAAACGACGCAAGUCCAAUCCAAAACCCCUUGUUCUGAGUGAAGCUAGAAAGCAGUUAAUGAUCUACAGACUACCUCAGGUCCUCCGGCUGCACCUUAAAAGAUUCAGGUGGUCUGGCCGUAACCAUCGAGAGAAGAUUGGGGUCCAUGUCGUCUUUGACCAGGUAUUAACCAUGGAACCUUACUGCUGCAGGGACAUGCUCUCCUCUCUUGACAAAGAGACCUUUGCCUAUGAUCUCUCCGCAGUGGUCAUGCAUCACGGGAAAGGGUUUGGCUCAGGACACUACACAGCCUAUUGCUACAACACAGAGGGAGGUUUUUGGGUCCACUGCAAUGACUCAAAGCUGAAUGUAUGCAGUGUCGAGGAAGUGUGCAAAACCCAGGCCUACAUUCUUUUUUACACUCAAAGAACAGUGCAGGGCAAUGCAAGAAUCUCAGAAACACAACUCCGAGCUCAGGUGCAGUCCAACAACAAGGAUGAAGGCAGACCGCAGAUAAUCCCCUGACUGAGAGGCAUGGAUAAAGACUGCUUUGUUUUUAAUUUGUUGGUGUCCACACAUCUUUCCUCUCAUAGGAAAUAAGGCUACUUACUGCAGGAACAGAUUACUAGGUUUGCCUCACUGGGUCUAGAAUGGAAGGUGCCAGGUGAUUCAUGUCCUAUCAUAAUAUUUGUAGUCACUUUCUUUUGAAUGCAUUUAGAAAUUCUCUCCUUUCAUAAAACAAAUCAAAAGGAGUAACUUCUAUGAAGAUUCUUUCAUCAGUUGCUUCUGAACAUAGAGGGAUCUGGGUUGAGGAAAGGGGGGGGUGGGGAUUGAUCAUCUAGCCAGGAGAGCAGCCAUGUCUUCUCUCCCAUUAUGUGAGUCACCUAUACUAACCAGGACCUCUAGCAGCACCAGAAGAAUGUUCUCAAGGUGACCAACCCUGGACAGAGCACAUGAAGAGGGCUCCUGGGCUGGCAGCUUGUUGGAUGGGAUUGGUUCUGAGGUGGGAGGUAAAGUCCAAGGUUUUAUUCCCACAAAGGAACUAACCUUUGAGGGUUGAAAACUUAGAAACUUCCUUUUUUAGGGAAUAGCAGUUGAAGAGUGGAAUGACACAUGGAAUUCUCACGUGUCAUACCCUCCCUGGCUGCUGCUAUUUAAUCAUUCAACACUUCUGAGACUGGCAUGAACACCCCUUUCUUUAAAAGAAGGGACAGUUGAUAUGAAGAAGCAUUGGACUAGUACAUGUUCUCUGCUGCAUGCUGAGCCAAGGGGCUCUCCUGGCUAUCCCAGUUCUGCAGCAGUUCCCUGGUUCAGGUCUAGGGCAAGCUCGUGGUUCAGUUUAAAUUGGUCUGGAGGUCAGUUGUCUCAGGCUUUCUUGGAAUGCAGUAAGGACAGGCAGGGCUUACCUGAAUGCCUGCUGCCCCUUCUUACCUUGGUGCAGCGUGUGGUUUCUUCACCUGCAGAUUCUUUCCUACACCUGGAGAGGUAGAACAUUUGUGUUUGUAAGGCUUGGGAGCUUUUGCUUUCCUAGGGUGGGGGAAUUACUUAGGAAUCCACUGUGUGUGUCCACUUUGUUGCUGAUGGCCCUGGCCUGUUUCCUUCUCAGUCUGCUGCUCCCACUGUUGCUUUAGCUACCUAUCCUCAGUUCAUCAGGAAAAAAAAAGUAAAAGUGCCCUCUCCUUUAUUCCAGUGCUAGGAAAAUUUUUUUUUUUUCUUUUAAAAUUGGGUCAGUUUCCAAAUGAGAUGAGAUUGCCAAACAAAAACUCUCCUUGACAUCAGGCACCAGAAUUUCCCUUCUCAAUCCUUUGCUUAAACUCCCAAUGAAAGUGAAGGCAAACCCUGUCAUUGUGGUGCUUACGGCAGUGAGCCCCAAUCUGUCCCUAUGAAUGCUCAUCUUUUGACUGAGUAUAUCAUAGUGUUUGAAUUCAGGUAGAAGUACAGUUGUCACUUGAAGGGAGUAGAUAUGGAAGGGAGUUUGGGGAGGGGUGGGGUGUGGGAAAAGUGAGGCUAAAGAAUGAGGGUUAUAGCUUUAGCAGUGCUGAUGAGCCACAU